UAGAAAUUGUGUCGAGAGUUCUUCUGUGACGGCGUGGCAAGCCGACAGUAAACGCCGCAAGCACUCCACUGCCAUUGUUGCCGAUGAACACCGCUGUCUACGACGUGUCGACGCUCCAGCCCGGUGACCAGGUGUGUAUCUGGGACUUUGGGCGGUGGCCGAUCUCGUAUUCCCACCACGGCAUCGUGUACGAGCGCGGGACGUCGAUGGCGACCGUCAUGGUGGCGCAUACGUGGAGUCCACUGUCCAACUUUGCUGAGGCCCAGGCAGACUCGUACUUUCGAUUGACGACGUUGGAAGCGUUCUUGAAUGGCCGACAGUUCAAACACCUCCGCCGCGUGCAGUACAGCUCGUCGAUUUUGGGCGAUGCGAUCUCGAAACUCGGCGAAGUCCAUCGGUCGGCGUCGGAUAUCCCGCCGGUCGUCCUUGCGCGGUGCAAGUUUCUCUUGGGCGCUGGCCGCGGUCACUUCAACAUCCUGUCCCUGAACUGCGAACAUGUUGCGUACUGGUGCAAGACUGGCCGACUCUUUGCCAAGCAGAUCUUCACGACGAGUCCCACGACGGUGCCGUACAUCCGCCAGCGGUCGCUGUCGUGCAAAUUGGACGCACUCAACUCGCAAGUACACGAGCUCAAGGAAUCGUAUCGCCUUCAGUGCAAGGCGCUGUGCCGUCGACUAAACCACGUGGACGAUGCCGGUCAUCGCAAGCGCGUGUACAUCAAGGCGAAAGACAGCUCGAACCGAUUCCUCCAAGCUCGUGGCGAGAUUCUGUACCUGGUCGAGUGCGACUUUGACGAGACCAAUCCGUUGCUCCAGCAAUUUCCAACGCCUUUUUUCGCAUUUGCCGACCACACGGACGUGAAUGUGGUUAAAGUGUCGUUCCAGGAAGUCGCCACAGGUCGCAUGGUUUGCUCCAAGGCCAAGUGCGUCAAACUGAUCAAUCAGCGCAUGUACCACCGGGAGAACCUGUUUCGCUUCGAGUAUGCAUUCAACGGAGAGCUCCAAUCUCGGCGGCUCCGGCGGUGGUACAUCGGAGCCCGACCCAAGGAUGGCCUCGUUCGCACCUUUGUCUCGAGCGAUUUUGCAAUGGCAUUUGAGUUUGUAGACGCAGACAGUUUGAAGUGCUCUCGCCCGACGGACGUGGGCAUGGCCCCCCAUCAUGAGCCACAUGAUACGACACCUGGACCGAGCGACGACGAGUUGGACUUGAGCCACCCCGACGCUGCCGCCGACGACAUCGAGAUCAAGCGUCAAUAGUAGAUAUUUAUCAACACUACCUCGUACAUUGUUGUCCUGUUGUCACAAGCAGGC